AUGGAGGAUCUCAGGGCUGCAGUUUUUGGGGCUUACGCGCUUUAUUAUUCUGCCUAUUAUCUGACUCACCUGGCACGUCACCUCAGGCAUGUAUUCAUCGGUUUUGAUCAUGAGCUGACAGAACCAACAGCCAUCUCUCCCCUGGCUCCCUCUGCUCCUAGAGAAGAUGCCCAAGAGGAGCAAAUUGAGGCGGACGAGCUCAUGUUUCCAUCACUGGUCAAAGCAGAGCCUGAAUAUCCUGAGCCCCUGACAGAACCAGGAGCUGUCUCUCCCCUGGCUCCCACUGCUCCUGAAGAAGAAGCCGAAGAGGAGCAAAUUGAGAUGGAUGAGCGCCAGACUCUGUCAUUGGUCACACCCGAGCCUGGAUAUCCUGAGCCUCUGACAGAACCAACAGCUGUCUCUCCCCUGGCUCCCUCUGCUCCUGGAGAAGAAGCUCAAGAGGAGCAAAUUGAGAAGGAUGAACGCCAGACUCCGUCAUUGGUCACACCAGAGCCUGGAUAUUCGGAGCCUCUGACAGAACCAACAGCUGUCUCUCCCCUGCUUCCUGCUGCUCCUGAAGAAGAAGCCGAAGAGGAGCAAAUUGAGAUGGAUGAGCACCAGACUCCAUCGUUGGUCUCACCGGAGCCUGGAUAUUCCGAGCUUCUGACACAACCAACGGCUGUCUCUCCCCUGGCUCCCGCUGCUCCUGGAGAAGAAGCCCAGGAGGAGCAAAUUGAGAUGGAUGAACGCCAGACUCCAUCAUUGGUCACACCAGAGUCUGGAUAUCCAGAGCCCAAGAUCAAGGCAGAGCCACAAGCAGAGCUGCCUGAAGCACAGAGUGACAUCAUGGACGUGAAGAGAAAGAGCAAGGAAGAUGUGGGAAGAAUUCAAGAGGAGAAUCUCGAUCAGCAGAGGGGCGAUCAACAAAACCAGGUGAGUGAAAGAGUGGCAGGCACUCAACCCAUGAAACAUCCUCUCUCUUGUUUUUUAGAAAAGAUGAAGGCAGAGCUGAACGCAGAGCUUCAGACAGCUCAAACUCAGAUGAAGGAAAGGCAGAAGAAGCUGGAGGAUGAAAUAAAAAUCAUCAAAGAGAAAUUUAGUCCCUUCCCUCAGUCUCUACAAAAGCAAGAGCGAGUGUUGGCGUCUCACCGGGCAGCCUGUGAAGAUUACCAGCGAAUCUCUGGCACUGAAGGGCCCCAGAUCUACAUGGGCUCUUUCACCAAACCUGCUGCAGCAGCAGCAGCAUCAUCUAAAGGAGCCUUUUCUCCCCGACUUGAGAAGUGGAGCCAGGGCAGUUUGUUCACCUCCCGCGCUGACCCAGCUGCUGCUCAGCAGCAGGAGGUCGAGGGUGACUCUCUGGAGCUACUGAGGAAAAUAGUAAACAAGGAAAAUCCCUGGAUGAAAUACACCAAACUGGAAGAUAUUGGAAGCGGGACUUUUGGGGUUGUGUGCAGAGCAGUUGACAAUGCCACAGGAGGAGAGGUGGCCAUCAAGAAAAUAAAUCUAAAAGGACUGAGGAAGAAGAAAUUAAAAGCCAAUGAACUCAUGGUCAUGAAAAUUAAUGGGAAUCCCAACCUGGUCAACUAUUUAGACAGCUUCCUUGUGGGUGAUGAACUCUGGCUAGUAAUGGAGUUCAUGGAUGGAGGCACUCUGAGCGACAUCAUCAGCAAGACUUGCCUGUCUGAAGACCAGACGGCAGCCAUCAGUCGGGAGUGCCUGCAAGGACUGGAUUUUCUCCACUCAAAUGAUGUGAUCUACCGCGAUGUGAAGAGCUGCAACAUCCUUCUCAGAACCGACGGUUCUGUCAAGCUGGCUGACAUUGGCCUCUUUGUUAAGCUCGCCCCUGAGCAGAGCAGACAGAGCUCCGUGGCCAGCACUUCUGGGUGGCUGGCGCCUGAAGUGAUGACAGGCCAAGCAUAUGGCCCCAAAGUGGACAUAUGGUCUUUGGGAAUCGUGGGCAUCGAAAUGGUGGAACAAGAAGUUCCUUGCAGGAAUGCAACUCCUGUUUCAGCUAAACAACGGAGAGCCAGGGGAGAGAGACCACAGCUGCGGCAGCCCGACAGAUUCUCAUCUUGCCUGUGUGACUUCCUGAGCUGCUGCCUGCAGACAGAUGAGCAGAAGCGCUGGUCUGCCAAGGAGCUCCUGAAG